AUGAACUCGGAGACUUUUCUUGAUUAUUAUGAAAUUCUCGAAAUUUCUGAAAACGCUACAAAUGAAGAAAUUCGUGAUGCGUAUAAAAAGAAGGCCCUAGAAACGCAUCCAGAUAGAUUCGUUCAAGGCUCCUCUGAUUCAGCAAUAAGCCCUACAAUAUCACAAGAAGAGGCCAAGGAUCGUUUUCAGAAAAUUGCAGACGCUUAUUAUGUUCUUAGUGAUGAAACACGAAGGGCACAAUAUGAUCGUGUAAAAACCUCUCGAAAAAAGAAAGGCGAAUCAGCAACGACAUUGGAUGUCGGUCGAGCUAAUGCAAAUCAGAUCUUUGGUGAUGUAUUUGAAGAACUAUUGAGACCAGAAGUAGAUAAUCCACAUUGGUUUUAUGCACCAAUUGGAGCGGUUACUGGUGGAGCGUUGGGUUUUAUUUGUGCUAAUGUUCCUGGAUUGGUUUUGGGUGCGUACGCGGGAAAUAAACUUGGAUCAAUUAGGGAUGCUAAAGGGGUAUCUGUAUAUGAUGCAUAUUCAAAAUUAUCUAGUAAUCACAAGGCAGCUAUAUUAUCCUCUCUUGCAGCCAAAUUAAUUACAAGCGGCAGAAUUUAA